AUGUCCGCCCCAACCGAUCCCGACGCACAGCCAGCUCACCCUCCUCCCCCGGCCGAGCGCACGCUCAUGCCCGCGCUCCGCUCCGCCAUUGUCUCAUUCUACGCCAACCCCGAGCCGCACCCGCUUGUAACGACGCUCUACCGCGGCAUACUGCACGGCCGCAUGGUCUUCAUGUGCGAGUGUAUCGUGUGCGAGGCGACGGGGGGGACGUGGUACGACCACCCGGCCGACUGUCCGCAGUACACGCCCGCGCUGCGAUGGCACAACGAGCGCGGCGACGCGCCGGCCGAGGAGCUGCGGUUCAUCUCGGCGCUCAAUCGCGAUGGCAUGGUCGACGUCGAUAACCCGCUCGGAGGGCGAUCCGCUGUCGACGCAUACAUCCCUCACUUUGACCCCAGCGUACCGCCCCCACCGCACCGCCAUAGUGGGACAACAUACCCGCCCCUCCGACCUCUGCCCUUUGUUUGCCCGGUGCGCCUCGCCCGCGUAAUGCACCUUCUCCGGCUCAUCGAUAUACACAUCGCCCAGAACCACGCGGUGUGGGUACUCUUCAGCACCAAUCCUGUCACUGGCACUCCCAUCCCCCGUUGGCGCCACCAGCGUCUAUUUUCUAUUGUGUCGGCUACGUCCUCGCCAUCGCCACCGCCGCCGAUGUCGACUGCGGAGACGAAGUCCCCUCCUAAGGCGGCGCGGCCGGCCGGGGCACAGCAACCUCUGUACCCAGAUGAGAGCACUCAGACUCAGCACUCCUCCGAGUCGCUGUCGAUUCGACGUCAAGCCAGAAUGUCGCAGCUUCGCGCCAAGGCCCAAUACUCGUCCGACGAGGCCGAGUAG